CCACACCACCUGUUCCCACCUCACAAUCCCCACCAGCCAAGAAGGCAAGAAACCACCACCGGCGCCGGCAAGCAACGAACCAGGCUUCCCUUCCCUCCCUCCGCUCCGAUUCAGCGCCGGCAGGGAGGCCGCAGAGCAGCCAGAAGCCAUGGCGGUGGACCUGAUGUCAUGCGGCGGCGCCUACGAGCACCUGGCGUUCCAGGAGGCCGCCGCGGCGGGGCUCCGCAGCCUGGAGCUCCUGGCGUCGUCCCUUUCCCCGCGCGCCGCCGGGAGGGCGGAGUCCCCGCCGCUCGGGGAGAUCGCCGACCAGGCCGUCUCCCGCUUCCGCCGCGUCAUCAACCUCCUCGACCGCACGGGCCACGCUCGCUUCCGCCGCGCGCCCGCCGUUUCCCCCGCGGCGGAGACGACGCCUCCCGCGUCUCCUCGCCCCGCGCCGCCCGCGGUGGCCGCGCCGCCUCAGAAGAAUAGCCUGACGCUGGACUUCACCAAGCCGUCCCCGGCGGCGGCGACCAAGCAGGCGGCGGCGCCGGCCGUGUCCGCGACGUCGACCUCGUUCCUGUCGUCCGUGACGGCGGGCGGCGAGGGCAGCGUGUCCAAGGGCGGCAGCCUGGCCGUGUCCUCCGGCAAGCCACCCCUUCCGAAGCGCAAGCACCCGGCUGCGUGCCCCACCCCCGCCGCCCCCGGCGCGCACCACCACCACGGCGAGCCCGGCGCCGCCGGGCGGUGCCACUGCUCGAAGAAGCCGAAGCGGAGCCGGCAGGGGCUGUCGCGCCGCACGGUGCGCGUGCCCGCCGUGGGCACGGCGGCGCCAGGAUCCCAGGCGCCGGCGUCGUCGGACAUCCCCGCCGACGACUACUCGUGGCGCAAGUACGGGCAGAAGCCCAUCAAGGGGUCCCCCUACCCGCGCGGCUACUACCGGUGCAGCUCCGCCAAGGGUUGCCCCGCCCGGAAGCACGUGGAGCGCGCCGCCGACGACCCCGCCACGCUCGUCGUCACCUACGAGGGCGACCACCGCCACGACGGCCCCGCCGGCCACGCGGCGUGAACCGGAGAGAUCAUCGGAUCGUUUAGUGCUAAGUAGCGGUAGACUGUAGCAUGCUUGUUUGAUUUGUUCUUUGGAUUAGCGGCAGGCGACGAUGACGCUUGCUGCUGCUUCUUCUUCUUCUUCUGUAAAGAAACCAUCAAUCCAAGAGAGCCUCUGAUUGCAUCGAUCAUCUCCAAAAAUGAGCAAUUUUCUUGACAAUUCCUCCUA